CGUUGCCCCCGUAUGAUGAAAGUAGCCUCUUGCGAGUGAGUGAGUGAGUGAGUGCGAUGGGCAACGCGUACGUCGUCCCGCGGAAGACCACCGACGAGGCCUCGCCGUCCGUCCACGGCCAGUGCCUCGACUUCAUUCACCGCGACGACAGAUACCAGCUCUACGACGAGGCCAAGGACAUCGGCCGCCUCAGGACCGCAGCCCGCUUCGUCGGCAAUGACCACUUCCCUGCCCAGACGCUCCGCAGCCGACUGAAUUGGUCACUCCAUCGCAUUCGGCUCGCCGAUGGGACCCUGCUGGACACCGUGAUAGCCUUCGACCCGCAGUCGGUGACCGAGGCGCGGCUGCUGCUGGCGGCCAUGUGGAUGGUGGAGCAGCAAAGAUGGGACGAGGUGGCCGAGGUGCUGCGGUGGGCCAGCCAGUGUGGAUGCUGCACGCUGCCCGUCAACCUCACUGCAGCCGGCAUCAACAAACACGCCGACAAGACGGUGGGACUCACAGGGCGGGAGGGAGCAAGAAAUGGCCUCAUUUGCUCAUCCAUGUGUGUGUUGUGUGUGUGUAGGCGUAUGUGUCGCUUCCCCGUGUGUUGGCGCAGCUGAUGGUGGCGGGGCGCCAUGUGGACUUCGGUGACGGCAGCCGGCUGGAGCUGUUCCGCCAUGGCCAUCAGGUGCGGGCCAUCAACAACCAGCCCGGCUACCGGCUUACCCUCGACCCGCACCUCCCGCCCGGCCACCUGUACCCGCAGCACCGACUACAGGACGACCCGCCAGUGCACACCCGCAUCGACUACUCGAAGGUCCACGGCAGAUGGGGGUUGUUCGUCAACUCCACCGAUGCGUCGGUGUCGUCGUGCGCUAAGCGUUUGAUCGUCGACCACUUCGAGGGGACUCACCAGACCAAUAGCACAACGAAAUUCCUCGACAGGUAACCCACCGAUGGCACCAGUGGGUGAGAGGGGUGCGUGUCUGAUUGUGUGCGUGUGGUGUGGUUGGUUCAGGUAUGUCGGUGGCGGCCGUCUGGAUGCCCUCCUCACCGAGUCGCCCCACACACCGGUGGACGGAUGCGGCACCGCAUUCAGCUACCAGGACGGUCGUCUGCGAAAGCUGGUGCUCACCAAGAGCACCCACAACUUCGUCGCAUGGAUUUACAUCAUCGAGCUUUCGGGCAACGAUGGUCAGGCCGACAGACAGACAGACAGACAGACAGCUCUGCUGGUCACGUGCCACUAAUGUCUCUCCCUCUUGUGUCUGCAGUGGGCGUGGCUGUCCAUACGACCGAGGCUGCUGCAUCUGGUGUGGGUGGUGCCUUCAGGGACCGCUUCCUCGACACGACCGCCCUGGCUCGUCUGGCGGUGGGGGCUGGAGUGGCGCGUUACGUGUUCGACGGACAACAGCCGCCGCAACAGUCCCGGCCACAGCCACAGCCGCCACAGCCACAGCAGCAGGGGGGCGAUGAUAGUGACGACGAUGGUACGGACAGACAGAGGGAGGGAGGGAGAGAGGGAGGGACACACACAAGAAUGGAUGGAUGGAUGGAUGUGCCUUCCCUCUCUGUCUGUGUGUGGUGUAGAUGAGGACGGCGGUGAUCAGGGUGACGACUAUGACGACGAUGACGGUGGCGAGAGAGCAAUGCACACACACACACACACACAGACACGUGUGGAUGGAUGGAUGGUGCAGAUGGAGACGUUGAUGAGGGCGAUGACGAUGAUAUAGAUCCCAACGACGGACAAGACGGCAACGGAGGUACGCAUCACAGCACAGCACAAAUCCCCUGGCUCCUGUCGAUUUGCAUCAUUCGUCUAUCUGUCUGUCUGUGUGUGUGUGUGUGUGUUUGUGGGUGGAUCAGGUAGCGACGAGUACUCGGAGUGACUCGUGAGGCGGACACGGCAAUGGAGGCAAGAGGGGCUGUCGAGGCCGUCAAGUGCCCACAGACAUACAGUGUGAUGAUACGUGGAUCGGUGCGUGGGGGUGGAGAAGAGAUGGCCUUCAUGGCUAACUGUUGGGGGCUAUGGUGUGUGAGAGUGUGGCCGUCUGUGUAGAAGAAUUGAGCAGCCCAUCAGCUGAGCCGCUGCAUGUGGGUCUACACACUGGUUUUGUUUUGGCAGUGAGAGUGAGAGGCGCCACACAGACCCAUAUGGACUGUCUGACGAGGGAGGGAGGGAGCAGACCAGGGAGGCAGACAGCACGGUCCUCACCUUGUCUUCCAACACACACAGAGCAUCCUCUCUCUCAUCCAUACGUCGACUUUUUGUGUACGGCACACGCACGUGUGAGGGCUUUGAUGGAUGGAUGGAUGGAUUUCCAUUUUUGGGUCGGGCCACCGAUGCAAUCGGCCGGUUGCAGCGCUUAUCCAUCUUUGCAUGAGAGUUGUGUUGUAUCCCGGCCACUCACACACACAGGACAGAGGAGCGCAGCGCCAACCGAUGUGGGAUCACUUGCUGACAGACAGGGAGGGAGGGAGGGAGUGGUGUUAGCAAGACCAUCCAUCCAUCCAUCUGUGGAGCAUUGUCUUCUUCGUUACAUACACACAGACAUGGCAGUGUGUGUUUCACACUGAUUGCCCGUCCACUCACACGUCACCACACCACACCACACAGACAUACAGACAGACAGACCGCUGCCAUGAGUCAGUCAUUUUGCCUUACUGUCUGUCGGGGCGGCUUCCUCUCUCUCUCUCUCUCUGUAUGUGUGUCGCUUUGAGUUCAUAUAUGUGUGACCCCCUGCACGGCACUCGGGACGAGGCGCUUUUGCUGAGGGCUUUCGUGUGCACAGCCACACACACUGACUGGAGUGAUGCGCUCCAAUCCUCCUUAUUGCUCGCGGUGUGCAGAUGGAUGGCCAUGUGCUCAUGACUGGUCGGUCUCUGCUGCCUUGAUUGCCUCAGUUUGGCUCUCUCGCGUCCUUCUCCCUCUGUCUGUCUGUCUGUCUGUCUCUGUGUGUCCGUAUUUGUAUGUCCUCUGUACACACCAAUACACACGUAUGUACAUACAAACACACAUUAGGUAUAUACACAUCACACAUUCCUGCGUCCAUGACCUCCUUCUCGGACUGUGUGGCCUGUUCGUGGCUUCCUCUCUGCUGACGAUGGCUGGCUUCUCUCUCUCUCUCUCUCUCUCUCCGUGAAUGAAUGGCUGGAUCGGCCUCUUUCGCUGAAAUCAUCG